GCAGUUUUCCGGGUGAGCUGAGCGGUGUUAAAAGUCUCUGUGGCGUCUAUUAAACGCGUCUGUGUGUUUAUGGAUUAAAGUCUGUGUGGAGAAGCUGUUUCUCCGCCGCAGUUCAGAUGGAGCUGAGGAGGUGACGGAGUGAGUCUGCUGGGCGAGCUGGAGUGGAGAGAGGCAGAGUGAAGGAGAGUGAGAGAGUGAGAGAGAGUGAGAGGGAGUGAGAGGGAGUGAGGACCCACAGCGAUGCUGCACUCCGAGUCUGAGCCCCGGCUCUACAGCGUGUCCAGGCUGCUGUGCGGGAUUUCUGCCCACACACUUUGUGCUGCUUUCACCGUCCUGAUAGCGGCGCUGGCGAAGCCUGGAUCCAGCUUGUUCUCCUGGCACCCGUUCCUCAUGACGCUGGCGUUCUCCUUCUUCAUGACGGAGGCGGUUCUGCUCUUCUCUCCGCACUCGUCUCCGGUGGCGAAGCUGAAGCACCCGACUAAAGCUCGUCUGCACUGGAUCCUGCAGUGUCUCAGCGCCUGCUGCGCCGCCGUCGGCCUGGGCGCCAUCUUCUACAACAAACACCUCAACGGCAAACCGCACUUCGCCUCCUGGCACGGACUGAUCGGUGUUAUAACGGUGGGUGUCGUCGUGAUCCAGUCGGUGGGCGCGCUGCCUCUUCUGUACCACAAACUGGCCAAAGGCUGGUCGCUGGCCAAGCUGAAGCGCUACCACGCCGCCUCUGGACUCCUGACGUAUCUGCUGGGCAGCGCCAGCCUGCUGCUGGGCACCUGCUCCGCCUGGUUCACGGGCAGCGUAAGCGGGUACGUCUGGUACCUCGCCGCUUUCUGUCCAACGCUGUCCGCGCUGGUGGUCAUGAGUCAGGUCACUAAUGCUUACAUGGCCAAGAAACGGCUGCAGUAUUAAGACCUCAGCUCUUCAGCCGAAGGGUGUGAUGCUGUCUGAAGUUUGUUGGAGGAGCAGUUUGGAAAACUCUUUUAUGCCAGAGCUACGAGGCAGAGGUGCUAAUAGCACGUCUUAAUGAUCAUGACUCGCCUCAGACUGUCCGGAUGUUAAAUAACCUCUAAUAGACUCGAUGAUGUGGUUUCUGACUCUGUUUGACUCCCUGUUACUUAUAAAUGUGGACCAAAUGGGUGCAGACCUGAAGCUUUAGGCGGCCUGUGCUGUUCCCGUACGUCAGUCCAUGUUCAUUGGUAAGUGAGUCAGACCGAGUCAGAAACCACAUCAUCAGACUGUUAGAUAUGGUGUUAGAUAUGAAGUCCAGAGAGGCCAUAAGGUAGUUAUAACUUGCUUAAAUUAAAAUAAUGCCUGGCAACGACUUCAUAAGGUGUGGGAAUGAGAUAAUUGUCAUGGCAACAAGAUCAUGCCUUAGUAAGCCUUAAGGCUUAAUUAUCUCAUUCCCAUGCUUUACUAAGUUGUUGCCAUGCAUUUGGAUCUUACAGAGCUCUGCUGGUAACAUCUCAUAUAAAUAAAAGUGUAUGUCCGUGCCUUAUUAACGUGUGGGAAUGAGAUCCUAAUGUGUGGCCACAACAUUACUGAGCAUUACUAGUUGUGGCUAGCAUUAGGAUCUCAUUCCUGUGUUAAUAAGGCGUGGCCACACAUUAUUUUUGUUUAUACAGGAUGUCACCAACAGGGCUCUGUAGUUCUCAAGAUAACAAAGUUGGUUAUCUUGUGACCUCGAGUUAACAAAAGUUAUCUUGAGGUAACUAGUUAAAUUAUCUUGUGAUCUCAAGAUAGUUGUUAGUUAUCCUGUGAUCUCGAGGUUGCAAAAGUUGUUAACUUGAGAUAGCAAGUUAAUUAUCUUGUGAUCUCAAGAUAACAAUCCAGACAAUGACCGAAGCAGCUCGUGGCCUCUCGGGACGUCUGCAGUUAGAGGAGAAUCGUUUUUUUCAACUGGUCCUUCACAGUAAAACGUUCCAGCCCGACGCUUCAGCAGAGAGGAUCUGUCCUGGACGCUCGUCUGUGCGGCUCCCCGACUGGGAAUGACGUUCGGAGCUGAUCUGGAGUGAUGACAUCGCUCAGGAAAUUCCAGAACAUUUAGGAGCCAGUCAGUCUUUGUAAUGCACGCUGAUCUUGGAGACACUCAGGUGCUUGUUUUUCACUGGAAAUAAACAGCUGCAAAAAAAUGGUCUCUGAUCCAGUAAAAGGAUCUCAAA